GCGUGGCGGCGCGCAUCCCGUGAGGCUCCGCGGGGCAGCGGGGACGCGGCGGCGGGCCGAGCAUGUCGGAGAAGAAGCAGCCCGUGGACCUGGGGCUCCUGGAGGAGGACGACGAGUUCGAGGAGUUCCCGGCCGAAGAUUGGACGGGUUUAGAUGAAGACGAAGAUGCACAUGUCUGGGAAGACAAUUGGGAUGACGACAAUGUAGAGGAUGAUUUCUCCAAUCAGUUAAGAGCUGAACUAGAAAAACAUGGAUACAAGAUGGAAACCUCAUAGUUUUUGCUGAAUAUGGAAUAGUUUAACAUUGAACUGUGGAUAGACUAUAUUGAGAAGAAGAAAAAAUGGGAAACGAGAAGAAGCAUUUAGUUCAUUAUCUGCUUGGAUUUAUUAUUGUUUUGUAUGAAAAAUAAAGUUUUUAAUCUUCGCCUAGUUGUAUGUGCAACCUCUGCUAAAUUGAUAACUGUUUUGAUUCCAGAAUGCUGUGACAAUUCAUCAUCUUGCCCAUGAUGCUACCAAUGAUCUAUAAGCAGCUGCUGCUGCUGCUGCACUGAAGUCAUGGGGAACCAAAUGAAAGUUAUCAGAAUGAAACCCUUGAGCUCCUUCUUUUGUUGGGCAGGUGGAGAUGUCAAAAGAAAUAAAACACUAAUGUAUUCCARUUAAAAUACAACAGCAGUAAAAGAAAAUGGUUUUGGUGACAGAGUAAAGCUUAUUUUGCUUCAUGACUUAAUUUUCAUUAGUAAUUGUGUGUGGGUGCCGGUUUGAUAGCGUUGAAAAAUAAAGCCCAGUGUAAAAUGCAUUUUACAAGAGCAGAAACCCGCCUUCUCCAAUCUUGCCCUGUCAUUUCUCAAGCCUGUUAAAGAAGAGACCUCUGUGGAGGCGAGAAGAAAGUUCUGUGCUCAUGCUUAUUUAAUCCCAGGCUUCUCGGCUGAAAUUGCCUCCAAUUUGCCAGUUAUAGCAGCUCAUCUGUAGCGCGCAAACAUGCCUGCUGAGAACGGAAAUCAAACUUCCAACUCAUUUCAUGGAGGCCAACAAAUAGUUGCCAGAAAAAUGCAACGGUGAUGACUGGAUUCGAUUACUAUCUGAACUAGGAAASAGAAGGUGGAAAUUACCAAGCCCAUUACCGAUUCCAUGAAUUCUCUCCAAAGGAGCCGGUACAGCCGCUGUUCCCAAAGGCGCAGGGCCAUGGCUGGCCAGGGAAUGUAGGCCAUGAUUGCAAGUAAAAAAAAAUACUGAUUUGCUUCCUUUAUAAAGGGGCAAGUAUAGGUAUGAACUCAUGUGACAU